CGCACCGUAUAAGACCACAGCUCCACCUACUACUCUUUUCUUAUGCUUCUCUCUCUGCGCUCAAAUUCAAACUCCAUUAUCUCUCUCACACUAAAGAAAUUUUCUUUUUUGUUGUUGUUUCGGUUGCCUUAUAGAGGAUUCGUUAAAAUCUCUGAGAGCAAUUUUCUAUUCGCACUGAAAUCUCUCUAAUUUUCAUUACCCAAUUAUGGGUUUCCAAGACGAUCCGUUCCGUGACGAGGAUGGAGAGCCAUUGAUGGACUUCGACGACGUACAGUCGGAUCGGGAGCAAUCUCCGGAGCCGCGGGGGCAGGAUCUCUUAGAUGACGACGAUGAGGAAAACUGGCAACAGAGAGAGCGAUCGGAGACGCCGGUGUACGACGAGGCGUCGUUGAAGACCGGGAAGCCGCGGAAGCGGCUGGUGAAGAAGAGUGGAGACACGGCGAAGGAGAUCGUGGCUCCGAGUUUGAUCGAUGAGGACGAAGACGAAGACGACGGUUUAGGGUUGAGGAAUCUGGUGGGGGAGGAGGAGGAUGAUGAUUUUGAGAGGAAGAGGAAGAAGGGAAAGGAAAGUAGUGGAAAGAAGGAAAAGAGGCAUAGUAAAGGAGGAGAGAAGAGAGGGUUUUCUUCUUCUUCUUCUUCGGGAAAGGGAAAGGGUGGCGGUGACUCGAAGAGAGGCUUUUCUUCUGGUAAGUCUGGCAAGGAUCACGAUGGUGAGGUCAAAGAGAUGUGGGACACUAUUGCUGGUGGCGAUUCUGAGGAUGAUCAAGAGGGUUCCAGGACUAUGGAUGAUGACAACUUCAUAGAUGACACUGGUGUGGAACCCGCUGAUGGGUAUGGAAGUGGUAAUGAGCCGCGUUCUCCUGGUGAAGCUCCUCAGGCAGAAGAGGGUGAAGAAGAUGAUGAAAUUAAGGAGCUCUUUAAGAUGGGGAAGAAAAGAAAGAAGAAUGAGAGAAGCCCUGCAGAAAUUGCGUUGCUAGUUGAGAAUGUCAUGGCUGAGCUUGAGGUCACAGCAGAAGAGGAUGCAGACCUUAAUAGACAGGCAAAGCCUGCUGUUAAUAAAUUAAAAAAACUGCCUCUUCUGACUGAGGUCCUUUCAAAGAAGCAGCUUCAACAAGAAUUUUUAGAUCAUGGAGUGCUAACUCUAUUAAAGAAUUGGCUUGAACCUCUUCCUGAUGGAAGCUUACCAAACAUUAAUAUUCGUGCUGCAAUUCUGAAGAUUUUGACUGAUUUUCCUAUUGAUCUAGAGCAGUAUGAUAGAAGAGAACAACUGAAGAAAAGUGGUCUUGGAAAGGUCAUUAUGUUUUUAUCAAAAUCUGAUGAGGAAACCACAUCCAACAGAAAACUUGCGAAGGAUUUGGUUGAUAAAUGGAGUCGACCAAUAUUUAAUAAGAGUACUAGGUUUGAGGAGAUGAGAAAUGUUGAUGAUGAGAGGGUUCCAUACCGAAGGCCACCUGUGAAGAAGCCGGCUAAUAAGGCUGCUGGAAUGGAAUCUAGAGACGGUGAUCUUGGUUUAGAUGAAUUUUCACGGGAACGCAAGUCUGGUCAAUCAUCUUCCAGGUUGCACGCUACAAGGCCAGAAGCAACUCCUUUAGAUUUUGUGGUUCGUCCACAAUCUAAGAUUGAUCCAGAUGAAAUUAGAGCUCGUGCAAAACAAGUUGUACAAGAUCAGCGUCGUUUAAAGAUGAAUAAGAAGUUACAGCAAUUGAAGGCACCGAAGAAGAAGCAGCUUCAAGCCACAAAACUUAGUGUGGAGGGUCGUGGUAUGGUCAAAUAUUUGUAAUGUUACAACUCAGUUACUAGGCAAAAGGGUGCCUUGGAAAAAAAAUUAUAUUAAAUAUUCAAAUUUUGUUACCUUUAUAUUAUUUGAAACAUUUUGUUCCUUUAA